AUGUGGCUUUUCCUCACCUUCUCCUUCCUGCUGACGGCUGCAGGUGAGGACGACAGUGACAAGGUGCUGAGGGAUGAGGAGUGUGUGCUCCACUCCCAGCCGUGGCAGGUGGCCCUCUUCGAGCAUGGACGGUUUAACUGCGGUGGUUCGCUCAUCUCGCCGCGCUGGGUGCUGUCUGCAGCCCAUUGCCAAACGCGCUCGAUGAGAGUGCGCUUGGGCGAACACGAUCUGCGCAAGCGCGAUGGCCCAGAACAACUGCGGACUGUCUCUCGCAUGGUCCGCCACCCUCAUUACGAAGCGCAGAGCCACUGCCACGAUAUCAUGUUACUGCGUCUAACCCGGCCGGUGCGAGUCUCAGCCAAAGUGCGCCCGGUCCCGCUGCCCACGCGCUGCCCCCAGCCCGGCGAGGCCUGCGUGGUGUCCGGCUGGGGCCUGGUGUCUAACAACGAGUCUGGGGCCACAGGGAGCCCAGUGUCACAAGUGAGACUCCCAGAUACGUUGCAUUGUGCCAACAUCAGCAUUAUCGCGACCAAAUCUUGCAACAAGGACUACCCAGGGCGCCUGAUGAACACCAUGGUGUGUGCGGGCGUGGCAGGCGGAGGCACCAACGCCUGUGAGGGUGACUCCGGGGGACCUCUGGUCUGUGGGGGUGUCCUGCAGGGCAUUGUGUCCUGGGGUGAUGUCCCCUGCGACACUACCACCAAGCCCGGUGUCUAUACCAAAGUCUGCAGCUACUUGGAGUGGAUCAAGGAAACCAUGAAGAGGAACUGA